AUGUCCACAAGUGCACAGACGGCAACGCUUGUACCCUUGGAUGUCCAAGCUGUUGAGACCGAGAGCCUUCUUUUUGAUUCAUUUCUUCGUGUCUAUGACAGCCUCCUAAACGGCUCCGAUCAGACCCUCUCCACACUCUCUGAAAAGGAGGUUGAAGCAAUACGAGAACUCUAUGGCAAACUUUCAAAGCUUCCCCUGCGCGACUCCCUAGCUGCUCUGUGGUGUUUAAGGGAUGCGAGAUUGGUUCACGAUUCUCUUUCCUACUCUCGAACACGCACCAUAGUCGAAUGUUUCACCACUCCAUCGUGCGAUAGCCCAGCGUUGUCUCUGCCAGACGUCUAUACGGAACCUCGCGAGUGGUCGCCUGAUGUACACACCAACCUCCCCUCUCCAGAGGAAGUGUUCAACGCUCCUGUGCUUUUAAAACAAGGCGGAUCCAUCGUUGCAAAAGUCACAGAAAUGCUGGUGGUGAAAUAUGGGCAAAGCAUUUCCCUUCGAGAGGUCGCAGCAAUUCUCUACGUUUCAGCCUAA